GGCUGCUCGAGCAGUGCACCCACUCGGACUCUUCCCCCUCCGUUCGACGGGGAAUUGGAGACGGUGCUUCUGGCGGACUGGUGACAAAUAAGGACCUGAUUGUACCAGUGUGAUUAUGGAGCCAGCUUGUGAUGCAGGAGGUGCAACCAUUUCUGGUUCAACCGAAGAGAGUUACUUCAUGAGCUAUACCUUCACAGACAGAUUACACUCUGUACGAGUUGCUCAGAGCAUAAUGGAUCUGUGCCUUGAAGACAGGUUGUUUGCAGAUGUUACCAUUUCUGUGGAAGGUAAAAAAUUCCAGCUCCACAGGCUAGUUCUUUCCGCUCAGAGCUGCUUUUUCCGCUCCAUGUUCACCUCUAAUUUAAAGGAAGCUCAUAAUGAUGUGAUAGAAUUAAAAGAUGUGAAUGCAAGUGUUUUCCAGCUCCUAGUGGACUACAUCUACCGGGGAACUGUAAAACUAAGAGUAGAAGACCUCCAGGAAACAUAUGAGGUGGCAGAUAUGUACCAAUUGACCUCACUUUUUGAAGAGUGCUCUCGGUUUUUGGCCCGGACAGUUGAUAUCAGGAACUGUUUACAAGUCAUGUGUUUGGCUGAUCAGCAUAGUGAUCAGAAACUGUAUACAGCAGCAAAACAGUGUGCAAAAACACAUCUGUCUCAGCUUCACAAAACAGAGGACUUUGUGAAACUACCAAUAAGAUUAUUCACAGACAUCAUUAAAGAUGGUGUUCCCCGCUCUCAGAAACCAGCCAAAGCAAUAGAAACCUGGAUUGGUCAUGACAAAGAAGAACGAGCACAAUACUUUGAGAACCUGGUAUCCAGUUUAAAGGAAAUUGGUGAAAUUGUUCAUAUUUACCUGAUUGGAAAAGAAGACACCCGGACACACUCACUGGCAGUUUCUUUGCACUGUGAUGAUGAUGCUAUCAGUGUCAGUGGGCAAAAUCGAUUACGCCAGCAGAUUACUGCUGCAUGCAAGCAUGGAAGUGACCUGUAUGUUGUAGGUGGCCCCAUCCCACGACGGAUGUGGAAGUGCAACAUGGAGACAAUGGACUGGGAACAAUGCGCAUCACUGCCGAGAGAUCGUCUUCAGCACACGCUUGUAUCCGUCCCAAGUGAAGAUGCCAUUUAUUCAUUGGGUGGGAAAACCCUUCAGGAUACGCUUUCCAGUGCUGUCAUUUAUUAUGUGGUCUGUGAUAAUGUGUGGGUUGAAACUAAUCAGCUGGAGACUGCAGUGUCUUGUGCUGCUGGUGUUAACCUUAAUGGAACUAUCUAUCUACUGGGUGGGGAAGAGAAUGACCUGGACUUCUUUACCAAACCAUCUCGUCUCAUUCAGUGUUUUGACACACGUUCCAGGACAUGCCAGUUAAAGUCAUAUCUCCUCCCUUUUGCAGGCCGUAUGCAUGCUGCUAUUCACAAGGACCUGAUUUUUAUAGUAGCUGAGGGAGAUUCUUUGGUAUGUUACAAUCCACUGCUUGACAGUUUCACCAGACUGCGCUUCCCAGAGGUUUGGAGCCGUGUGCCCUCCCUGUGGAAGAUUGCCAGCUGCAAUGGGUGUAUUUAUGUUUUCAGAGAUAAGUGUAAAAAGGGUGAUGCCAAAACAUUAAAACUGAACCCAGCCACGUCUGUAGUAUCAGUGAUAAGUGGAAUUGAGAUAUUGCUGACAAAUUGGCAAUUUGUUUUGGCGUGAUUCUAACGAAGUACAGUAAACUGCAGUAAAAAGUUCAGGACAGUUUUACAUUGUGAAAAUUUAUGAAGAUUGGCUGUCACAAUUUAAUACAGUAAUUCAGUCAAACUACAAAUAUAUUAUCUUUUUUCAAAAACUGACAGUGAUCAACAAUUUCUGUGUAUAUCAGGCCAAUAUAGAAUUUAACUGCAGUUUUUAGGGUUUAAAUUGUUGGGUGCACAAAGUUAUUUUUUUAAACUUCUGCAGAUGACAACAAAAUUUCAGUACUAUGUUUGUUUUCUAAGACAUUAAUUGACCUAAACAAUGUCAAAAUUAUUGUCAUGUUCUAUUCUAGACUGAGAACUAUAUAAGCAAAAAAAGCAUAAAUCAAAAUAAGUGUUAUACUAAUGAAUAAUACUUACAUAAAAUAUUUUCAAUAAAGUACAUGACUUUGUACUAAUGUAAUGUCAGUAAUUAUGAAAAAAAAUUAACCACAAGGAAUAUGUGUUGUAACAAAUGCUUUGUUAUUGGUUUAAACAUGUUGCAGGAGAGGUUUUCUUAUAGCCCUGUAUGUGGAUAAUAAUUAAUAAAAUAAAAAAGUAACUAUACAUCCUAAGAGUUUAUAUACAUUAUGAUUUUUCAUAAAUAUAUUACUAAAGGUGAUCUUGUGGAAUAGUGCCCUUCAGCAUUAAGUAAUUGUAUGAUAGUUUGCAUCUAAUGUACCAACCCCUGAAAGUUUCUCAUUUUUACCAGGAAUACUUAUCUAAUGGAUUUUUUUAACAGAAAUUUCAAAGAAAGUAUCUAUCCACUUCCUGUCUUGGAGUAGAGCAUAACACAGAGUAAGAUGGGGUCAAGAAAAGUGGUUAACAAAAUUAUUGUAGGAGCUGAAUUGCUGUUAUAAGUUAGCUUUGCUAGAGUUCCAAGAGAUGAAAAUGCUAGCAGUAGAAGAUUCAAAUUUGUUCAGUCUCUAAAAGGAGGCAGUUAUAUCUACAUUCCAGUACUUUCAUUAUACAAAUUAGUAACGUUUGAUAUCAAUAGAAUACUUCUGGACAGUUAUUCGUUACCCAUUUAUAUUAAGAGCAAAUAGACACCAUGCCUUUGCAUUAUUUUAUAACUGCAAGAUAGAUUUAUUACACAUACUACUUUACUACAAAAACGUAUUUGAACUGCCCUUGACAAGUUGGAAGACUUGUUCUUGACCCCACUAGCAGUGAAAUAAGCAAGAUGAAGAUUUUGAUGCGGCCUUUAACCUUUAGAUUUGUUUUGUUCUCUGCAUAGAAAGGGUAUUCGCAUCAAAGCAUUUUGUUUAAAAUAACUUGUUAAAUUUUUAAUAAAAUGAAAAUUAAAGAAGAAAACAAUUCAAUAUCGUUUGUAUAGUUCAUACAGUAUGUUAUGAGAGUACAUAAUUGGUUCUCAACUUUUCAGAAAGGCAGUUUCAGUCCUCUCUUGGUCUGACUUCUGGACUCGAAAGCCCUAUGGAGCAAGCAUAUGAAUCUCCAUCUUGUUGAUGAAUUAAUGGUAUUUUUAUCAACUCCAUUGCAAAAGUAUUAGCAUAUGAAAAUAAAAUGGUUACUGAAUUGAUAUAAACCCCAUUUUGUUCACAAAUGUUCUUAUUGGUCUGUCUUACUCUGAUUCAUUGUAAACGAUCAGUUCUCAGACAGCUAGCUGGACACAGGCGAAACAUACACCCUUGCCAACAUCAUUCCAGUUCCAGGAACAAACAGAGUUCUAGAAAGAUGGAUCAGCAAUGUCAUCACUGUGAAUCACAAGCACUUCUUGUGAUGGAACACAAUUACAGUUGAUUAAUUUUCAUUACACUAGUUUUACUUCAGAUAUACUUUAUUGACAUCCUUAAAGAGUUUUACAGCCAGAGAAAGGUUCCCCUAUAUAAAUUCUCUUCCCACAUUUAGGAUCAUUGCCUUCCAAUUUCUCAUCGUAUUGUCCAGCCAAAUGAAACUACUAUCUCCUUAUCCCAUUCUAAUUUAUUCAGUCAUAUCUACAGAACAUAUUGUAAUUAUUUCUCUUCCCAUACCGUACCCAUAAGGCGACCCAUCAGGAUCUGUUCAGGGCUUUCAAUUUCUUACCUUAGAAACAACUGAAAACACGACAUUGGUUUCCACGUGUGAAGAAUUUCCCCUAGCUAAAUAUUGGGAAAAUUACUUUUCAGGAAAUAGUAUUUAUGUAACUUUUGUAAAGUUACAAUUGCUUUCCAAUUUCACACAGUGCAUUCAUUCCAGCACUUAAUAAUUAUAAAAUAAUGUUUAACGUUUUGAGAGCAAUACACACAAUGCUGGAGUAACUCUUAAGUCACCCAGUGGCUGCCAAUUUCAAUUCUCAUUCCCAUUCUUACGUGUCCCUCUGUGGCCUCCUCUACUGCCAUGAGGCCAAACUAUAUUACUCAAGUUACCAAACUUAAGCAGUGCAGUAGAGUAACAUAGCUUUCAAUCAUCAGUUAACCUUGUUUUCAAUGUCAGCAACAUUUCUGUGGGAAAAUGACAAAUAGCAUUAUGGCUCAGGCAGAGCAGCUUGGAGAAAUCUUUAAAUUGUUCUUGAAUAUCUUUGGAAUUGGCUUGGAGUGAUAAUAAUUGCCUGUAUGAUAAUGAUCUCUUUAUUUAACCUUGUUAGCAUAGCAGCAUGAGAUUGGUGGUGUGGGUUGAAGAGAUGUCCUGCCCUAUAAAAAAGACACACAAAGUCAAAAAUCUCUAGGACUUGCUGAAGUCUCUGUUCAUGUGUCCAUUAUAAGAAAAACAAUGAACAAGAAUGGUGUUCAAGGAAGGACACCAGUGAGAAACCGUUGCUCACCAAAAAAAAUUGCACAAGUCGCAGAUUUGCAAAAGAUCACCUGGAUGCUCCACAACACUUCUGGGACAAUGUUCUGUGGGCAGAUGAGACAACAAUUGAACGUUUUGGCAGAGAUGCGCACCACUGUUUUUGGAGGUAAAAGGGCACUGCACACUAACACAAAAAUCUCAUCCCGACUGUGAAGCGUAGUGGGAGGAGCAUCGUAGUUUGGGGCUGUUUUGUUGUCUCGGCCUGGACAGCUUGCAUUCGUUGAGGGAACAAUGAAUUCAAAAUGGUAUCAAUACACUUUACUGGAGAAUGUCAGGUUAGUCAUCUGUCACCUGAAGCUUAAUAGAAGUUGGAUGAUGCAAGACAAUGAUCCGAAACACAAGGGUAAAUCAACAACAGAACAGGUUAAAAAAAUUUUUGGAAUAGCCAAGUCAAAGCCCAGACCUUAACCCAAUUGAGAUGCCCGAGAUAUCUUCAUGACCUGAAGAGGGCUGUUCAUGCAGGGUAUCCCAGAAAUAUUUAUGAACUGAAAUAUGAAGGAAUGACCUAAAUUUCUCCUCGCCCUUGUGCAAGUCCAAUCAGCAGCUACAUGGAAAUGUUUGAUGGAGAUUAUUGCUGCUACAGGAGGUUCUACCAGUUUUAAAUAAAAGGGUUCACAGAGUUUUUUCAGCCUAGACCGUGAAUGAUUAAACUGUGUUCAAUAAAGACCUUGAAAAGUACAAUUAUUUGUAUGUUAUUAGUUUAGGCAAAUUGUCUAUUAUUGUGACUUAGGUAAAGAUCAAACCACAUUUUAUGAGUAAUUAAUGCAGAAAAACAGGUAAUUGCAAAGGGUUCAAACUUUUUCUUGCAACUGUAUGCCUAGAUAAUUGAGGUGCUCAUCUGGAUAAUUGGCAACUCUGCUUCUAACACUCUCUCCAGCAGCGCAUUCACGUAUUUUCUGGGUGAAACGAUCUACUCUUUCCCCUUACCCAAAAUCUAUGUCCUCUAGUUAUAUUCACCUUCGAUAAGGUAAUAAGGAGAGAAGUUCCUGAAGUCUACCCUCUCUACUCCAUAUGAUUUUAUACAUCUCACUCAAGCCCCAUCUGCAGGGAAAACAGAAUUAGCCUCUUAAGUUUUUCCUUAUAACUAAAACAUUCAAGCAUAGGCAACAUCCUAGUGAAUCUUCUCUGCUCCCUCUCCAGCACUACUGUAUCUUGUGUAGU